AUGGUGGCGCGUGUGUGUGCGACUGGAAAACCUGUUAAAAGCCGCUAAAAUUCUGUCCAUGUCGACAUUGUCGUUGUUUUGGCAUUAAUUAGUGAAGAAAUAUUUUGGAUUUUUGUCAUUUCCAGGCAAGUAAUAUUAUGCAAAAAUCGGGCAUGUAAAAUGGUCAGCGAGGAAGAUGAGUAAGGCGGUUGGGCAGGUGUGUGCGUGCGUGUGUGCCAACGCAACCUCUCCCCCUCCCACUCGUUCCACUAAUUGCUUCCACUACGGCAAACGGAAAACACAGAGCCGGCGCUUUAUCACGCUUAUCAGCAAACAACGUAAGCGCAACGUAAUGAGUAAUCGCGUUAUGCUAACCGCUUUUCUUCGAACUGUUCAACCACCUGUAGCUAUAGCCACACAUUAUUCCCAACUUCCCGGCGAUGGCGUAAUUGUUUUGAUAAUGCAAACAAUGAGCGCUCGUCCAUUUUUAGCCGGGCGACAUUGAAGAGAAAUUAAAAGUAAAUAAUAGUGGAAGGUCGCGCCGAGUAUCGGCGUUUAAUAAUUAAUUUGUUGGCCAAUUUUGGCAAAUCGAGCU